UCCUACGGCAAGUCGGAGGUAACAAGAUGGCUGCCGCCGAGGAUGGCUGUGGUGUAGGGGCCGACACGGACCAGGAAUUGGAAGAGCUCCUGGAAAGUGCUCUUGAUGAUUUCGAUAAGGCCAAACCCUCCCCAGCACCCCCUCCUACCACCACGGCCCCUGAUGCUUCGGGGCCCCAGAAGAGAUCGCCAGGAGACACUGCCAAAGAUGCUCUCUUUGCCUCCCAAGAGAAGUUUUUCCAGGAACUGUUUGAUAGCGAGCUGGCUUCCCAAGCCACUGCAGAGUUCGAGAAGGCAAUGAAGGAAUUGGCUGAGGAAGAGCCCCACCUGGUGGAGCAGUUCCAAAAGCUCUCAGAGGCUGCUGGGAGAGUAGGCAGUGAUGCAACUUCCCAACAAGAAUUCACUUCUUGCCUAAAGGAGACACUAAGUGGACUAGCCAAGAAUGCUACUGACCUUCAGAACUCAGGCAUGUCAGAAGAGGAGCUGACUAAGGCCAUGGAAGGGCUGGGCAUGGAUGAAGGGGAUGGAGAAGGGAACAUCCUCCCCAUCAUGCAGAGUAUUAUGCAGAACCUACUGUCCAAGGAUGUGCUGUACCCAUCACUGAAGGAGAUCACAGAAAAGUAUCCAGAAUGGUUGCAGAGUCACCAGGAGUCUCUUCCUCCAGAGCAGUUUGAAAAAUAUCAGGAGCAACACAGUGUCAUGGGCAAGAUAUGUGAGCAGUUUGAGGCAGAGACCCCCACAGACAGUGAGGCCACUCAGAAGGCUCGUUUUGAGAUGGUGCUGGAUCUUAUGCAGCAGCUACAGGAUUUGGGUCAUCCUCCAAAAGAGCUGGCGGGGGAGAUGCCUCCUGGCCUCAACUUUGACCUGGAUGCCCUCAAUCUAUCGGGCCCACCAGGUGCCAAUGGCGAACAGUGUCUGAUCAUGUGAAACACUACACGUUUUCCUCCCUGAUUCCCAGCCAUGGGGAACAUCUGGAGUCAGCAGAACCACUGGGAGCUGAGGCAGGAGUGUCGUCUGCAGGAGCGGUCUGCCCACUGCCCUCUGUCAUCCCAUCCAAGAUUGUGCCAUACCAGCUGAGGGUUUUUCUGUCUUUCUAGGAAUAAGGUGUCUGUUCUGCAGGCCAUUUUUGUGAGCCCUAUUCUUCGUGGUUUCUGCUGCUAACAAAAGCCCAGCUACCCAUCGGGUGAAGGAAGGCAUGCCUUUUGGGGCAUACACCUCCUUCCCUCUCCAAAAAUAAUAUUAUAUAUGGCCACACUCAUGUUCACCUUUGUACCCAGGGUCUUUGUGCCUUGUCUCUACUCCCUUUCUUGGAACUGGGAGCAGGGACAGAGUCCUGGUGUUCUGUAUUUCUGUAGUUCUCUUGGGCAGGACCUUUGGGAAUGAAUGGGGAGAAACUUAGCCUGGGCUGGGGCUAUAGGUCUGUCACCAUGCCUUCUUGCCUUCAGACAGACUGUUCUGAAUUCUCAGAAGGGAAAGAAAGUGGGGCUUUUGCAUCUAAUCACAAUGGUGUUGAAAGAGAAGCCCUGGGAUUCUCCUCUCUCCAGGUGCUGAGGCCCCAACUCCCUGUCCAGCCUGCGAACUCAAGUCACUGCCCUGGUUCUUUCUACAGUGCUGUGUGAUCUGGGUGAACCCAGCUCUUGACCUUCCUUUCCCCCUGCCUCUCCUCUUGUCUUCUCUCUUUUUUAAAUACCUGUUUAUUUCAACCUUUCUCUGAGCCCAAGCUGUGACAAAGAAGGGCUCUUCCUGUUUUCCCUCAUCUAGUCCAUCCACCACUCUCACUGGACCCCUCUCUCCCUGGCAAACACAUAUAAUUGUAGUGUCAGGUCUAGGAAAUGAAUGACUGUUCUUCCCUAGAUACAUUCUGGCAUAUUUCAGAUGUCUGAUUCCUUUGAAUCCUGUCCCUUAAUUCAGGGAAGUGGCUUGGGAAGGGGAGUGGGGUGCAUACUGGGUCCUUUUUCCUGACUAAUAAAUAUUGUAAGUGAG